GUUCACAGAAGCCAGAUCUUUGCAUUUACUUUUUAGAAAAAAAGAAAGAAAGAAAAGGUGGGAAACUUCUUUCACAAUGUUGCCAACGAAAAAAAAAGAAUCAAUCCUGUUGGGUGUUGGAGGUGGGGAGUUGACGGUGGCACAACUUCCUGUCUGUCUCUGCAUCCCUGUGCAUUGAGAAAUAACUGAGCGCAGUGAAAGGCGAGCGUUCAUUGAAAGACCUUGACUGGCGCUGCUCAAGCCUGGAGGCUGAGUGGUGAAUGAGCUGCACCGACGAUCAGCGCAGAGAAGAAGAAAACACAAGACAGGAAGGAGAGGAGACGGAAAGUAAAGAUAAACAGCGAGAGCUGCGCGCUGCCUUAGGUUAUUCGCUUUUAGUGAAUAACUUGAAUGCAUCGAGGGGGAGCCGAACCCACCGAGGGGUGUAGCUGCGGCGCUUCUGGUGCGCCUCCGCGCUGUUAGAUGGUUUGUGCGUGUGGAGAGCUGAGCUGAAUGAGUUAGCGUGUGCGCGCGCGUGUAUGUGUGCGUGAGAGAGAGAGGUGGUCGAAGAUCAGUCGGAGUGGCCAACAAGUCAGAAGGAUGCUGGACGGCAAUGUCUGCAGAAAGAGAGGAUGAGAUUUGUCGAAAGGCGCUGGAACUGCUUUCCGACUUGUGCUCCAAAGGAGAGGUGCAGGACGACAACUGCCUGGAUUUCAUUUACUACUUCAGGGACCUGGCCAGGCCGCGGUUGACGGACUCAGAUGUAUCAGUGAGCCUGUUGUCCCUGCUGGUGACCACCUGUGGUCUCGUUCUCUUCAGCGUUUCCCUGUUUGUCUCAUGGAAGUUGUGCUGGGUACCACUAAGUGGCCGUUUUCUCCCAGAUGUUCUCAAGGGGGCGCACUUUCUGGGAGGAGACCAACAGCCUGUCCUCACUGAGGUGGACGGGGAGGAAAGGGAGUACAGCGAGGAUGGAUGCAUGAAGGAGCCUUCAGGACCAACAUCAGCUGUGGCUAUCCCAGAGUCUGCUCUAAAGAUAAGUCACACGUCACCCGACAUCCCACUGGAGACGCAGGCCAAGGUGGAGAAAAACCAUGCCCACACUCUGGGCAGAGAUCGAGUCCAGAGACAGAUUACUGAGCCAACCUCAUCUGUACGUCACAAUUCCAUCCGGCGUCAGAUGAACUUGUCCAAUCCGGACUUCAACCCAGCUCAGUUCCAGCGCCAAGAUUCUUUGUCUGGCUUGGGCCGAAUCAAACCAGAACUCUACAAACAGCGCUCAGUGGAUGCAGAAGACAGUCGUCGCACAGACAGCUGUGGGCGACUCCACUUUAUCCUGAAGUUUGACUUUGACCUGGAGCAGCUGAUUGUUAAGAUCCACAAGGCCCAGGACCUUCCUGCCAAGGACUUCUCAGGGACCUCAGAUCCUUAUGUCAAGAUCUACCUGCUGCCUGACCGCAAAAACAAGCACCAGACUAAAGUUCACCGCAAAACUCUCAACCCAGUGUUCGAUGAGGUGUUUCUUUUUCCAGUAGAGUACACGGAGCUACCAAAUCGAAAGCUGCACUUCAGCGUCUAUGACUUUGACAGGUUUUCGCGGCACGACUUGAUAGGCCAAGUGGUGGUGGACAACUUCCUCGAUCUUGCCGACUUUCCACGGGAGACAAAACUGUGCCGAGACAUACAAUAUGUAACCUCGGACAAUGUGGACCUUGGAGAGCUGAUGUUUUCGCUGUGCUAUCUCCCUACGGCUGGCAGGCUCACUAUUACUAUCAUCAAAGCCAGAAAUCUCAAAGCCAUGGACAUCACUGGUGCCUCAGAUCCAUAUGUGAAAGUGUCCUUAAUGUGUGAAGGCCGGAGGCUGAAGAAGCGGAAGACAUCAACCAAGCGAAACACGCUGAACCCUGUGUACAAUGAAGCCAUUGUGUUUGAUGUUCCCCCUGAGAACAUAGACCAGAUCAGUCUGCUCAUAGCUGUCAUGGACUACGAUCGGGUUGGACAUAAUGAAGUCAUUGGGGUGUGCAGGGUGGGAAACGAGGCAGAAACUCUGGGACGAGACCACUGGAGUGAAAUGCUCACGUACCCACGGAAGCCCAUUGCACACUGGCACCCACUCAUAGAGGUACAGUGUCAAGCUCUAACAGGUGUAUUGGCCAUUAAAGCACCACACACAUCUUUUUUUUUCUUUUUUUGUUCCGUUCAGCAGUUUAACAAGAAGCAUAUCUUACGCUGAAUGCCAUAUUGUGAUUGACAGCUUUUCUUUAACAAGAGGGGUAUACAUAAAAUAUAUAUACUCUUCUUGAUUAAUGAUUUAUUCAAUGGUUUAUUCAACCAGAAUUGAAUUGAAAAAAUAAAAUUGAAUUGAAUUGAUUUGAAUUUAUUCAAUGGUUUAUUCAGCCAAUCCCAAAUAUGUGUGAUGUCGCUGCGUUGGUGGACAGGCCAAGUUUCUGCCCUAGGGUGUGUGUGCGGAAAGAGGGGGGUAGGGGUGCAACCAGCUGCUGAAACCAAGCAAAUCCGUCAAGCAAACAAUUGGUGCAAAAUAAACAAGCAGUGAUGCACCUCAGGCUAAUGUCAGGAACACACGGAGGAGGACCCAAAUGCACAGUGCAGACGAGGAUUAUAGUUAACAACAGCGUUUAUUGUGUCGGCGUAGUUCAGCAGUCCAGGUCAUACACGGUGUGUCUCAAUUCUUCAGGUACAAAGGGAACAGGCAAGAUCAGAUCCAGUAAACGGGCAGAGGUUCGGUUCACGGAUAAACUCGGCAGAGGUACAGGCAAGGGCUAGGCAAAACUCAAUGGUCAGACAGUCGUAAGGUUUACCACAAAAUCCAAAGCGAAGGUACAGACGAGGGUCAGGCAGAAAUCGGAGGUCUAAGACAGGCGCGAUCAGCAAACAAGACAACUAUACACAAACGCUGGAAUGUGGUAUUAGGACUCGACAAUAUGGCAAGGUACUGGGGUGAAAAGUGGUGCUUAAAUGUAAGGUGAACUAAUUACUGAUGAAGUGCAGGUGUGGGUAAUGACCGGGUGAAGCAGGGAAUAGCUGUGACAUGACGUAAACCGGAAGUAAAGCUAGAACAGAAACAGAAACCGGGAGUGCUACCAAAAUAAAACAGGAAAUGAAAACUGGAACCAAAACAUGAUGACAUGGAUGAGAAACUAAGUCCUUACAAAAUAAAAGCAGAACUAGAACCGGAUCGUGACAGCUAACACAUCCACAACCAAACAACCGCUGCACCAUGGUCCACCUUGGAGACCAAUACCAAUAACAGUGCCAAGGUACGCGCACAUACCCAUAAAAACAUAUAUAUAGCAUAUACAUACACAUAUGCAUAUGGUUGUUAUACAUAUCCCAUACUACUUAAUAAAAGUCAUGACAUACAACACCACAAUUUCCAUAUUCACACAUUAUUGAUAUUGGUAGUGAUAAGUAUCAUUAGUACUUACAGUUGGAUUUGGAAAGCCUGUUCAGGUUUGGUGCAUGAACAAUGCCACUUGUGGAAGCGAGGGUGAUGUGAGGAGCUUGGCCACUACGCCCAUCCAACAAAGCCGCCCACACAGAGCCCCCCAGGCAGACCUGCAGCGGCCACAGAGACAGCACUCGAGGUCAGAGUGGGCCACCGUGGGUCAACGCUGUCCGCCUCAUGAGAUCAGGGGCAAACACCCCCCCCGGUGGGAGGGUCGGCCUGAAAGAGUUGAGCCCGAGGACCCACGGUCCGUAGGGAGCCCGCCAGGAGAUGCCCCCGCACCCAGAGUGGGGCACACCCCCAGUCCACCACCCCUACACGAGUGGAGGCGGGGCCUACCCCAUCGGCCCGACCUCAUCCCCUGGCACCACACCGGGCCUGCAGCACAAGGCCAGCAAUUGGUGGGGGUCAGCAGAAAAGAGACCACCCAGGCAGACGAUCAAGGUACCCCGGGCAGAAAACCGGACCCCCCACACUCCAACUGCACCACACGCAUACAAACUCACACAAACACAGACGCAUACACCCACCCACACGUACAACACAUCACACACACCCCCCAUCAUCACAACAAACUAGUCAAUCAUACGUGAACCAAUGCACCCUCAGAUACAUUCUCGCACCCACAACAUUUGCUUGAUCACAUUCGUGGGGAGGGUAGGUCUCCAGCCUGCCCCCUUGUAGGGACGGAACCACUUCCCGGUAGCCCCGGUCCCUCCAUCAGCAGGACGCCCCUUGCAGACCUAAGUGGAUGAAUGUGGAGAAAUGUAGUUGGGAAGCAAAGCACCAGGGUCCACAGAGCCGGCUGUUCCCGGCCAGACCCAGGGACCGCAGUGCUACUGCCCAGGCACCACACGCAGCACAGCCAAAUCCAUCCUCACCCUUCUUUCACACUUACCCAUUCUCUCGAUCAGGUAUGCCCAUGCUCGCCCCGUGUAGUGCUACACUUAAACCUACACACAUACUCUACGGUUGUGCAUUGAGGGCCAACCUCCGCCCAGGGCCCAAUGAAGGUCGUAGCCCGAGUAGUCCGCCAACCCCCCCCCGCAAAAAGCCUGAGCAGUUACCAGAGGACGUUGGACCGCUAGGGCAGGCAGCGCCCCACCCGAGCCCCAGGGGGGAGACACCCUUCCGGGCACAGGCAGGCACCCCCGGAGGGACUCCCCCGGAGGGACUCCCCUGGACACAGGUCACCCAGGUCUCCACCCCCAGGUCUGCCCCCCCAUGACAUGACGCAGCACCUGAGCUCCACACAUCCUUACCUGGAAAUGGAAUCUUUCACAGUAAAGUUUUGGAUUUGGAUGGAAGUUUUUGAUUUGAUGAAGCAGACAACGUGUCUAAGGUGGUAUAAUCUAACAAGCUGUUCAGGUACUGAGUAAUGCUUAAUUUUUUUUAGUUUUCCAGUUCAUAAGGAUGAUUUUCUUUGCGACACAGAGUGCAGAAAGAAGUGUGUGUGAUGAGUUUGUCUCUAGAUCAAGCCCACUUCGAUCUCCUAGAAGACAAAGUGCAGGGGCUGCUGGGAUUGGACAGCUUAACUGGGUUGACAGGUGUUCACAUACUCUUUGCCAAAAUUGCUGCACAGGUGAACAUGACCAGAAUGCAUGUAGGAAUCUGCUGUUUUAUCUGUACAGUGAGGGCAAAUAUUUGAGUUUGUGAGACCCAUUUGGAACAUCCUUUGUCCUGUAUAGUGAGUUCUAUGAAGAAUUUUAUAUUGUAUUAGUUGUAAAUCUGUAUUUUUUGUCAUUCUGAAUAAAUUAGAACAUAUAUUAUUCCAGAAUGUGUAAUUAGUGGUGAUGUUGAGAUCAGCUUCCCAUUUAGAGAUCGGAAGGCUCACUGUCUGAUCUACAUUGGAAAUUAAGAUCUAGAUUUUGGAUACUGUCCUUUUCCCUGAUAUAUCAAUAAAUCAGUCUAUUACUGGUGGUGGUUGCAUGUGGAUGGGAGUAUUCUUACUUUUUGCAUUAAGUAUUGACUUUAGUUGUUGGUAUUCUAAGAAAUUGGCACCAGUGAUUUCAUAGUGGGACACUAAUUCUUCAGAGUUUCAGAUGUGUUAUCCCUUUGGUAUGCCAAGUUGGAAAGUGUACACACAUCCAGAUGUGUACACACAUCUUUACCAGCACAUGGCAUGUGUUAUGUCAUAAUGAGCGGUAGGUCUUACAUCAAACCUUAUGUACUAUAGCCCUUAUCACACAUGCACAUUGGCAUGAGGCAGAUACAGUAUACUGUAUAUAAAAAAAAUCUCCACUCGACCAUAUCUUGGAGCAAUCUUUAUUCCUACAAGCUCAGGUCCUCUACCAGAGGCCUUGGAGCCUGAGAAUCCUGCACAGUAUCUUAGACCAGUGUGACCAGUAGCAAAAAGACAGUAGACAAAAACUAAACAGAAAACAUUGACCAUUAACCUUAACUGCGCAAAAGAAAUAUAAGGUAAAUUUAAGUAAAUUAUUAAGUAUUGGGUUUAGAAUGUUACGAUACAUAUUAUUUGCAUAUUCACAGUGUUAUGGGAUGACAGGUAGAUGGCUGAAGAAUAAAAGUACAAGUUAUUUCACGUCAUACAGUAUACAGUUCAAAGUGGAAAAUUAGAUAUUUCACACAUUUUGGUAAUUACAAAAACAAUAUAAUAGAUUAGAUUAGAUUAGAUUAGAUUAGAUUAGAUUAGAUUAGAUUAGAUUAGAUUAGAUUAGAUUAGAUUAGAUGGUGGUGAAGGGGGUGGGAGGGGUUCUCCAUGAUGGAUGUUAGUUUGACCAACAUUCUUCUGUCUGCCACCCCCAUCGUUGGACUCCGGUGUGCAGCCCAGGACAGAGCCAGCUUUCUGAACCUGCUUGUUAAAUCUCUUCCUGUCUCUGCUUAUAGUGCCCCCCCAGCACACAACUCCAUACAGGACUACUGAGGCCACCACACUGUCAUAGAAAGUCCUUAGCAGCUGUCUGCUCACACCAAAGGACCACAGUCUCCUCAGUAGAGACAACUCUGGCCCUUCUUGUACA